CCCGUUCGCUCUAUAAUCGGACCUCAUUCCUGGGCCCUCGUCUCCUCCUCCUCCUCCUCCAGUUUCUGCGGCGAUGGCGAGAAAUUCCGGCGAUUCUCACAGCAGCACCGCCGCCGUCCAGGCAACCAACGACGACGCCUCCGCCAGCAAACUGUCCUGUGUCAACAAAGGAUACAUGAAGGACGAGUACAUCCACUUUUUUGUUAGAAAAGCCAUAAAGAGAUCUCCAAUAAUCAACCGUGGAUAUUUUGCUCGUUGGGCUGCUCUUCGGAAGCUACUUCUCCAGUUUCUGAAUUCGGAAAUAUCUAACAAUGAUGGCAACCAGACAAAGAAACAAAUAUUGUCACUUGGAGCUGGGUUUGACACAACCUACUUUCAGUUGGUGGAAGAAGGAAUUGCACCACAUCUAUAUGUGGAGCUGGAUUUCAAAGAGGUUACCAGCAAGAAGGCUGCUCUUAUAGAUCAUCAUAGCCAACUCAGGGACAAAGUUGGACAGGAGGCUUCUAUUUCAAGAGAAAGAGGUGAAGUCUUGAGCGAUCAUUAUAAGCUGCUUCCUGUUGAUUUACGUGAUGUUGAGCAGUUAGAUACUAUCUUGAGGCUUGCAAAGUUGGAUCCCAGUCUGCCAACAUUUAUAAUUGCAGAGUGUGUGUUGAUAUACCUGGACCCUGAUUCUACCCGCACCGUUGUUGGAUGGGCUUCAAAAACAUUCCCAACAUCAGUGUUUUUCUUAUAUGAACAGAUCCAUCCUUAUGAUGCAUUUGGAGAACAGAUGAUGAGAAAUCUGGAGAGCAGAGGAUGUCCACUCUUAGGAAUACACGCUACCCCAACCUUACUGGAUAAAGAGAAACUCUUUCUUGAGCAGGGGUGGCAGAGAUCUGUUGCUUGGGAUAUGAUGAGGAUAUAUAACGAGUUCAUUGAAGCUCAAGAAAGACGCAGGAUCGAACAACUUGAGUUAUUUGAUGAAUUUGAAGAGUGGUACAUGAUGCAGGAACACUAUUGUGUAGCCUAUGCAGUUAAUGAUGCAAAGGGUUUGUUCAAGGAUUUUGGAUACCCGCAGAACCAGGGAGCCAUCCCGCCAUCUACUGUAAUUCAGAUGAGGUUGACUACAGAGUGAUGUAUUUUUUAGAUGAGCUAAGGGGUGCAGAUGAAGAUGGAUCGUUUAACUAAAGUAAGAGCUAUGGUGUAUCUAGAUGCCUAUCAGAGUUUUUGUUUGUGUUAUUUAUUUUAUUUGAGUUUGUUGUGAUGAAUCAAAAUUUAGUAUAAAAUAGCAACGGAUACUUGUUAGACUCAUUUCUUAUGUACAAACCUUUUCCCCUACAUCCUUCAUAAAUGCAAGGCAUAAUUAUAGUUGAUGGAUGAUAACUGUAUUGAAGGUAUAUAUAAGGGGUUAUCUUCAAUUUA